GAAAAAGGUAGAAAAGCAGGUAGAAGCAGUACGGAAGGGGUCGUUGCAGAAGUGUUGAAAAUUUUAGUUUCGUUACUAAAUUUGCAGCGAUUGAAAAAAAUCUAGACUUGUGAAACAUUAAAUUAUGAAUUAUUAGUCUAAGUGCAGGUAUACGAUUUUUUCAAUGUUAGUACGAAGGUAAUAUAAGUGCGUGCAAAGUGAAAGAAAGUGGCAAGCAAAUGUGAAAAAUCGAAGUGAAAAAGUGAUUGGGAACAGCAGCAGUCAAUCGAAAAGAUUGAUAGAUCAGUUGGAAAUUUCGAGUUCAACGAGAUAUAAAUCGAGAUAUUGAAACAGGAGACAAGUGGAUAUAUAGUUAAAUUACAAUAAAGUGUGCAACAAAAGGAAAAGAGAAAACUGUGGCAAGUGAACGCGCUGCAUACAACGCACAUUGCCGCUCGUUAGAGGACAACUUGUUAUCAACUUGAUCUCUAAUUAUUGGUGGUCAUUAAUAACUGCAGCGUUCAUAUAUCGCGCUAUUCACUGCGAUGGCUGUGAAAGUGCAAUUCGAGAUCGGUCAUACGUCGAGGCUCCGCAAAAUAAAAACGCAAGAAGGCUUCACACAUGAUUGGGAGUUGUAUGUGCGUGGCGUAAAGGAGGCAGAUAUCAGCACCUACGUGGAUAAGGUUGUGUUUAACUUGCAUGAUUCCUUUCCAAAACCGAAGAGGGUCUGCAACAAACCCCCAUAUGUGAUCACAGAGUCCGGUUAUGCCGGCUUCUUACUACCGAUUGACAUCUAUUUUCGUAAUCGCGAUGAGCCAAAGCGAAUACAGUUCACCUACGAUUUAGAUCUACAGCAAACUGGGCCACCACAUCAUCGUUCGGAAGUGCAGAAGUUUGUCUUUGACCAUGUUUCGGAAGAGUUUCGUCAGAAGCUGCUCAAAGGUGGCGGCAUUCCAGUAACUGGUGCAGGCAUGGUCGGCGGUGCCGCCGCACUACCAACCAAUACCACGCCGAAUGCUGCUAUCGGCGAUGAAGGUGGCGGUAUGAUAAGCAAACCGAAAUUGAGUAGCGGUGAGGCGGUUGGUGCUAAUAGCAGUAAAAAGCACAAAACUCGUGUAGAUGACACAAAGAGUAAUUCUUUUGCAAAUCUUUUUGGCACACCAAUUAAAAGUGGCUUUAGUAAACAUUCACCCGACGGCAAAAAUAAUGCCUUGAGUGUCGGUGGCGGAAAAGGAACGGCUAGUGCUACUAGUGCAAGCGGUGGCGCUAUUGGUGCGGUUACACCCAACUCCAGCAGCAGCAACACAAACAGCGCCAGCUUGAAGGAGAAGUGCGGCAAGGAACGUGACAAAAUGAGCAGUUCGUCAACGGCGUCAGGUGCUGGCAGUGAAAAACCACGUGAGAAAUCCGAAAAGAAGGAAAAGCGUAGAUCGGCUUCUAGUCCGAGUCACAAAGAAUCAAGAAACGAAAGUAAGAAAUCAUCCGGCGAUAGUAGCAAACAUGAAAAACGUGAGGAGUCGAAGUCCAAAAAGGAUAAGUCGCGUGAUAAGGAACGCGAGCGUAGCCGCGAGAAGGGUGGAACCAAACGUUCGCUUAGUCCGAAAUCAAGUGCGCGCGAUGCUGGUGCGCCAAGCCCAAAGCGACCGACUCCGCCUCGCCCUUCGUCGUCCGCAAGCGGGCGUGUGGAAGACGGUAAGCCAGCUAUUAGCGGCAAAACGGAAGGCAAGGAAUCAAAAAAUCGUGAAGAAAAAUCCAGUUCAAGUAAUAAAAAAUCGAAGAAGGAACGGAAGGAGAAAGAACGUGACAAGGAACGUCGUGACGAACAUAAAGAGAAGCAUCGUAGUAGCGAAGGGAAAUCAAAAGAGUCAAAAGACGAGCGCCACGGUCCAUCCAUUGCGGCAAAUGUUGGCAUAACUGGCGGUGUAGCUGAAAUUAAAGAUUUAGCUGAAAUUAAGGAUGUUAAAGGACGACAAUCACCGACAAAUUUGAACACCAAGAAAACAGAUAAAGAUGCCAAAGAUAAAGCGGAAGCAGCAAAGUCAAAGAACAAUGAUAAGCUUACCGAUAAGACAGCUCCUAAUGCAGUGGUAAAUGCGGCAACUACUCAGAUAGUUAAUGUACCAGCUACCAGUGGGGAUAAGAAACCAUCAGGUGUCUCUAAUAGUCAGAGUCAAGGAGAGAAACGAUCGCAUAAACAUAAGAAAAAGGAUAAGAAUAAAGAUAAAGAUAAGGAAAAGGAGCGUGACAAGGAGAGGCACAAAGAAAAGGACAAGGAGAGAGAUAAAGAAAAGGAUAAGGAGCGUGCCGAUGAGAAGACUCGAACAGAAAAGCUCUCAGAGGCUAAUUCAAAUUCAAAUGUGGCUGGAACAGCAAACGUAGCUGGACCUGCUAACGCAGCGCUGACAACGGAAACACCAGCACCAAAUAACGAUCCGGCGAAGCCUGAAGCGAGUAACGCACCCGCAGCUUCGAAAUCAACUCAUAGCUCCGGUAAUAUCAAUAGCAACACUGGCACAUCUGUCGCGCCCACAAAAAAAUCACAAAGUAAAGACAAGAAGGCCAAAGAGAAGUCAUCUAAAGAAGAAAAGCGCAGCGCACCUGAAGUAGAGGCUAGAGGCAACAAUAAACAUGCAUGUAAAAGUGCCGGUACUGCUGGGUCAGCAAUAACCACUACAAUUGCGACCGCUACAUCCGCCCCAGUGAGCAACAGUGUCGCCACAAGUAGCAACAAAAAUGUUGAUACAAUUGAUGUAAGUAAAGUUUAUUCGCCAAAAUCAACACCAUCAUCGACAAUAAAGGAAACAGCAUCCGUGGCAGCUACACCAACCACAACACCUGCAACCGAAAAUGCGCCCGCUGCCCUACAAUCAGACAGCUCGAAUAGCAGUUUCCCGGACUUGCCGCCAAAGCCGGUAGCACCCACCAAGACGACACCAUCACCCAGUAGCAAGACAGAGGCCACUCCCGCAGAUAAACCAGAAAAGGCUGCAGCUGUCAGCGGUAAAGAACACAAGCAGCGUGAACGUAUAGCAAAGGCCAAAGAUGGCGUUGAAAAGCCGGAGAAGACCGAUAAAAAGAUGGAGAAGAAACGACGGCGAAGCUCUGUAGCUGCUGCCACUGUUUCGGCGAACACGUUCAUAGAACCGCCAUUAAAGCAAGCCAAAAAGGAUGCUAGCAAACUGGCACGCGAGCAAACUAAGUCCCCUGCGCUGCGACACAGCCGAGCCGCCAGCAUAAGUGGCCCCCCCUCAAGCAUCAACAAUAACAGCAACAUCGUCAGUAACACAAGUAGCAACGGCAAUAGUAAUGGCAGCAACAAUACUGCAGCUCAAAACAAUAGUAACAACGCUACAGAGACACUCAAUAGUGGCAGUGCAUUUCUGCCGCCUCCAAACAACACGACCGGCAAUAGUGCGACAAGCUCGCCAGCCGCUGCAUUUACCAUUAACACCGCUAACACCGCCAAUGUAAGCGUCAAUAACGCAAGCACAAAUGUUGCCACAACUGCGAGUGCUUCGAUGGCAGUUACAGCAGCGGCGCCUCCACUGGCAGCACCGCCACCACAUCCGCCACGACAAGCAUCACCGGUUGCACCCAUUGGUGCAUCGGUCACAGAUGCUACAAGCGCCAACAAUGGCAUAACACCCACAUCGACAUUACCAACUGAGUAUCUAACUGAACUACAAGAGCUGCAUCACAAAAUAAUGACUCUACAGGAUAAUGAGGAGCUGCAACAAGUGGUUGAGAUGAUUGCUGCGACUGGCUGCUACGAGAUUACCGCCAAAACGUUCGAUUUCGAUUUAUGCAAACUGGAUCGCAGCACUGUACAGCGAUUGCAAGAAUUCUUUGCGACAUCUGUGUCGUGACACAAGAUACACGCCUAAAGUGAAGAAGUGCCUCGCAGCAGUGGUGGCUAGAAAGGAACGGGCAACAAGAGUGUCGACUAAGCAACCAGGCGUACUGCUCGACCGCCAGCCAUUCAGGCCAACAACUAGCAAGCUAACAAAAAACAACACAAACAACAAAAAAAGAAAACAAAAUCUGACAGUAGAGUUAGGACAAAAGGCGAGUUUCAGGCUGCCGGGGAAUUUGUAAUAUAGGAGGUUUUCUUAAAAGUUAGGGAGGUUUUCUUAAAAGUUAGUAAAUGUUUCGUAAGCGACGGCUAAAAUCGCUUACAUAUUUACAUAAACAAGUUGCAGCACAGAAAAACAUGGAGGCAAUAAUAAGAAUAAUUUGUAUUCGGCCAACAUUUUACUGGAAAAAUAAGUAACACUGAUAAAAUUAUAAAUAGCUGUUCAUAUGGUAAGCGUAAGGACUAUAAUACGAAUUUAAUAUUUAUGUAAUUACGAUUAUUAAAUUCUAUACGUUCAGCUGCUAAAUUUAUUAAGUGUUCUGCUAUAUACAAGAGUAUAUAUGUGCAUAUAUUAAAUGGCGCAUACAUACAUAUACGUACGUAUGUAGUUUCAAGAAAGUAACACUGACGAAGUGUUAUAUUAAAUAUGUAAAUAGUUUUAAGAGUAGUUUUAAUUUCGUUUCCUUAGAAUUUAAUUCUUAUUUCUUUAAAAUAUUUCUCAAUCUUUCUAAUAACUACUUUGAAGAUUUUAUUAUUGCACCCAAUUGCUUAGUUAUACAAAUCAAAUAAUUUACAAGGAUACGUUUUUAUUUGCUAAAUGUAAAAACUAAAAAAAAAAACAAAAAGCAUACGCUGUAUCAGCUAAUUAUGUGAAACAUAUAAAAGAAAGUGUAAGAAAAUAUUUAUAAAGCUAAUAUAAUAUGAAUAAAAACGAAAUACGCAAAUACUUUUACAUUCA